CCACUACAGUCAUGUUGGUAACAAUGAAAAUUGAUACGUCUCCAUGUUCUUACUUCAAUUAAAUACCAGGUGGGGCGUAUUGCCGUAGUGGUUCCUGUCGCUGUCAAGUAAAUCAUUAUUUUUUAAUAUUUGACAGUUAAUUAUUAUUAGUUUAGCAAAAUGUCGGACUCGAAGUAUUUUACGACGACCAAGAAGGGAGAAAUUUUUGAAUUAAAAUCAGAAUUAAAUAAUGAUAAGAAAGAAAAGAAAAAGGAAGCUGUGAAAAAGGUGAUUGCUUCGAUGACUGUGGGUAAAGAUGUAUCAGCAUUAUUUCCCGACGUCGUUAAUUGCAUGCAAACGGACAAUUUGGAGUUAAAGAAACUUGUGUAUCUUUAUCUUAUGAAUUAUGCUAAAAGCCAACCAGAUAUGGCCAUCAUGGCAGUCAACACAUUUGUAAAGGAGCUAGCAACAUCUCCGAUGACAAAGGACUGUGAGGAUCCAAAUCCACUGAUUCGUGCCUUGGCUGUACGAACAAUGGGAUGUAUUCGUGUUGACAAAAUAACAGAAUAUCUUUGUGAGCCAUUGAGAAAAUGUCUGAGGGAUGAGGAUCCGUAUGUAAGAAAAACAGCAGCUGUUUGUGUUGCUAAAUUGUACGAUAUUAAUGCUGGAUUAGUUGAAGAUCAAGGAUUUUUGGAUCAGUUGAAAGAUCUUUUAUCAGAUAGUAAUCCAAUGGUCGUAGCAAAUGCUGUCGCUGCAUUGUCUGAGAUAAAUGAAUCAAGUCCCAGUGGACCACUUGUUGAAAUGAAUGCACAGACAAUAAACAAAUUGCUGACUGCUCUUAAUGAAUGUACUGAGUGGGGACAAGUUUUUAUUUUAGAUUCUCUAGCUAAUUAUUCACCUAAAGAUGAUCGUGAAGCUCAAAGUAUUUGUGAAAGAAUUACUCCACGUUUAGCUCACGCUAAUGCUGCAGUUGUCUUAUCAGCGGUCAAGGUUCUGAUGAAGCUCAUGGAAAUGUUACAAUCAGAAUCAGAUUUCGUUGGCACUCUGACUAAAAAAUUAGCACCUCCACUAGUAACUCUUCUUAGUUCCGAGCCGGAAGUUCAGUACGUGGCUUUGAGAAAUAUUAAUUUGAUUGUACAAAAGCGGCCAGAUAUUUUAAAACAUGAGAUGAAAGUAUUUUUUGUUAAAUACAACGAUCCAAUUUACGUUAAAUUAGAAAAAUUAGAUAUCAUGAUUAGAUUAGCGUCUCAAGCUAAUAUUGCACAAGUUUUAUCCGAAUUAAAAGAGUAUGCUACUGAAGUUGAUGUUGAUUUUGUGAGAAAAGCUGUCAGAGCUAUCGGAAGAUGCGCUAUUAAAGUUGAACCAUCUGCUGAAAGAUGCGUGUCUACACUUUUAGAUUUAAUUCAAACUAAAGUAAAUUACGUCGUUCAAGAAGCCAUUGUCGUUAUAAAAGAUAUUUUCCGUAAAUACCCAAACAAAUAUGAGAGUAUAAUUUCAACUCUCUGUGAAAAUCUUGAUACUUUGGAUGAACCAGAAGCCCGUGCAUCAAUGAUCUGGAUUAUUGGAGAGUAUGCUGAGCGUAUUGACAACGCCGAUGAAUUGUUAGAAAGUUUCUUAGAAGGUUUCCAUGAUGAAAAUACUCAAGUACAGCUGCAGCUUCUUACUGCUAUUGUAAAACUUUUCCUAAAACGUCCAACUGAUACACAAGAAUUAGUGCAGCAAGUUUUGAGUCUUGCGACCCAAGACUCCGAUAAUCCAGAUCUUCGUGAUCGUGGAUUUAUUUACUGGCGAUUAUUGAGCACAGAUCCAGCAGCUGCUAAAGAAGUUGUUUUGGCAGAGAAACCGUUGAUUUCUGAGGAAACAGAUUUAUUAGAACCGACUCUACUUGAUGAACUUAUCUGUCAUAUUUCAAGUCUUGCAUCAGUUUAUCACAAGCCACCUAGUGCUUUUGUUGAGGGAAGAUCAGCUGGUGCUAGAAAAUCAUUGCCAGCUAGAAAUAAUUCAAAUGAUGAAGCUGCCAGAAGUCAACCAGCAGCUCAAGUUAUUCCAGCUCAAGAUUCUCUGAUUGGAGAUCUUCUCAGUAUGGAUAUUGGCGGACCGCCAAUUGUUCCACCAGCACCAGCAGCGUCCACAGGUUUAGAUCUUUUGGGAGAUGGUUUAGAUGGAAUACUCAGUGGAACAGAUACUUCAGCACCAAUUGUUUCUCAAACAACGACAGGUCUUCUUGGUGAUAUAUUUGGAUUUAAUCAAGCACCCACUUCCUAUGUACCUCCAAAAGUUAAUUGGCUUCCAGCUGAAAAAGGAAAAGGGUUCGAUAUUUGGGGUACUUUUUCAAGGAAAAAUGGACAAAUUAGUAUGGACAUGACGUUCACGAAUAAAGCUAUGCAAGCGAUGGGUGGUUUCGCUAUUCAAUUGAACAAAAAUAGUUUCGGUUUAACUUUAUCUGCACCUCUACAAGUACCGGCUCCUUUGGGACCUGGUUCAAGUGUUGAAGUAAACGUAAUACUCACAACAACUGGUGCAGUUCAGCGUAUGGAUCCAUUGAAUAAUCUUCAAGUCGCUAUUAAAAAUAAUAUUGAUGUAUUUUAUUUCGCUUGUCUCGUUCCAAUGCACGUUUAUUUCACCGAGGACGGGCAAUUGGACAAACGAGUAUUCUUAUCUACGUGGAAAGACAUUCCAGCUCAAAAUGAGGUUCAGUAUACACUUAACGGAGUUUUACUAACAGCGGAUCAAGUUGUACAGAAAAUGCAGCAAAGUAAUGUAUUUACUAUUGCUAAAAGAAACGUUGAAGGACAAGAUAUGCUUUAUCAAUCUCUUAAAUUAACGAACAACGUUUGGGUGUUAAUUGAAUUAAAAAUUCAGCCUGGAAAUCCUGAUGUCACUCUUUCAUUAAAAUCACGUUCUGUAGAAGUAGCAGGAGGAGUUUUCCAGUCAUACAAUGCUAUUUUACAUUCAUAAACAGUAGGAAUAUAUAUAUAAUUAUCAUUCAAUUGUAUCAAAAAAUUUUUUAUUUAAAAACAUAUUUCAAUUAUGUUUUUUCUUAUUGUUUUUUUUAAGAAUUACUAUUAAAAGAAAGUAAAAUAAAUAUCUUUGUAGAAAAUAAGAAGUGAAAAUAAACAAAAAAAUGUAUUAAA